AUGGGGGGGGGGGGUACCCCAUAUAUAUAUAUUAUAGUAUUAGUAUAUCUCUACAUUCAUCUCUUCAGCACUACAUGGCAGCAUGUCACACCAUGCCGCAAAAGGCAGCGUUGGUUUCGGCGGAAUCCGUGCCCAGGCCAAUGCAGCGGCCUGGGCAUCUACUACUUCGCCGACGGCUCCCAGUACCGAGGGGCCUGGAGUCAUGGGAAGUACGAUGGCGAGGGACUUCUCUAUCUCGCGAAUGGAGAUCGGGAGCGGAUGACUUACCUGAAUGGGCGGCUGAUGAAACGCGAAGUUCUGACACCGUCUCCACCACCACAGGUUGGUAACAAAACGAAGCCGGGCAUCUUCUGCGGCAUCCAUCUUUCCCAAGAUCGGGUAGACAUGAUGAUGCCCACCGUGCGCCCGCAGAACCACGGAGAUGUACAGUUGUUGAUCAAGAGGGACUGCGACAUGUACGACUUGUCGGCCCCUCCUAUUCGCCUUCCAGGGCAGAGGUCUGCUAGCGAGAAGAUGGCUGAUGACCUGCUGGGCACUUCCAUCGAUACAGUGACUGGUGGCGACACCGUGGGCGACUACAGCAGUGUGCUCACAUCUGGCCCAUCCACGGAUGAACCUACCUUCCUCACGGGAUCCUGA